CUCGGCUGAGGCCGGUCCUUUUCCCGCGCGCUCUUCCUGCGCUGGCUGAGGAGCCGGGAAAGAUGGCGCUGGAGGCUCGCGGAAUGGAAGAGGACGGGGAGAUCUCGGACUCCGACUGCGAAAUGCCCGCCUCCGCCAGGAGCCCCCCGCAGAAACAGCAUGAUAACAGCUCAGCCAGAUCUUUCCCAACUGCCAUUUCCCCCUGUGCACCAAGUGUCCCUUAUCGCACAACCAAAAGUUUGGAAUCCAGUGAUGAGAGCUUCUCAGAUUCAGAUGAAGACAGCUGUCUGUGGAAGCGGAAGCGGCAGAAAUGUUCGAAUCUUCCUCCUGCUAAACCAGAGCCUUUCAAUUUUGGCCCGAUCCCUCAAAAGCAGAUUACUGUAGGGGGUAAAAAGAUCAACAACAUCUGGGGUGCCGUGCUUCAGGAGCAGAACCAAGAUGCAGUGGCCUCAGAACUUGGGAUUCUAGGGAUGGAGGGAAGCAUUGAUAGAAGCCGGGCAUCAGAGACUUACAAUUACUUGUUGGCUAAAAAGCUGAUGAAAGAAUCUGAGCCAGAAGUGGCUGAAGCGUUAGACAAAGAGUUAGAUGAAUAUAUGCAGGAUGACAAAAAGACAUUGCCAAAGGAGGAAGAGGAGGAGGAAAUUGGACAAGGCCUUUUGAAACGGAAACGACCUGUUAAGGACAGAUUGGGUGAAAGACAAGAAAUGAAUUACAAAGGGAGGUAUGAAAUUACUGAAGAUGAUCCUGAGGAAAAAGUGGCAGAUGAAAUUGCCUACCGGCUUUGUGAGCCAAAGAAGGAUCUGAUCGUACGGGUUGUGAAAAUCAUUGGGAAGAAAAAAUCUAUUGAACUACUGAUGGAAACGGCUGAAGUGGAACAAAAUGGAGGCCUUUUCAUAGUGAAUGGCACUAGAAGACGAACACCGGGAGGAGUUUAUUUAAACUUACUGAAAAACACACCUAGUGUAACUGGAGAACAAAUCAAGGAAAUCUUCUACGUUGAAAACCAGAAGGAGUAUGAGAACAAGAAAGCAGCAAAGAAGAGGAGAAUUCAAGUCCUGGGGAAAAAGAUGAAGAAAGCUAUUAAAGGGCUCAACCUUCAAGAAUAUGAUGAUGCCUCUCGAGAGACUUUUGCUAGUGAUACAAAUGAGGCAUUGGCUUCACUGGAUGACUUGCCGGAAGGACAUGGAGAAAUGAAACUGGAUCCUGAAGAUGCUAUUGAAAUUGAUCACACUCACGACGUAGACCUCUUUUAAUGCAUCGGGUACUUGAGAGACCAUACUUUUUGUGAGAUAUAUUAAAUUGCAGUUUUUAUAUUAA